UAGAAAUGAUGAUAUUUAUUUGAAAUAAUUGUUUCCUUCAAACUUUGCUUUCGUCAAAGAAUCCUCCAUUUGCAGCAAUUACAGCAUUGCAGACCUUUGGCAUUCUAGCUGUUAAUUUGUUGAGGUAAUCUGGAGAAAUUUCACCCCACACUUCUAGAAGCCCCUCCCACAUGUUGCUUUGGCUGGGUGGGCACUUCUUGCGUACCAUACGGUCAAGCUGCUCCCACAACAGCUCAAUGGGGUUUAGAUCUGGUGACUGCGCUGGCCACUCCAUUACAGAUAGAAUACCAGCUGCCUGCUUCUUCUCUAAAUAGUUCUUGCACAAUUUGGAGGCGUGCUUUGGGUCAUUGUCCUGUUGUAGGAUGAAAUUGGCUCCAAUCAAGCGUUGUCCACAGGGUAUGGCAUGGCGUUGCAAAAUGGAGUGAUAGCCUUCUUUAUUCAAAACCCCUUUUACCCUAAACAAAUCUCCCACCUUACCAGCACCAAAGCAACCCCAGACCAUCACGUUACCCCCACCGUGCUUGACAGAUGGCGUCAGGCAGUCUUCCAGCAUCUUUUCAGUUGUUCUGCGUCUCACAAAUGUUCUUCUGUGUAAUCCAAACACCUCAAACUUCGAUUUGUGCGUCCAUAACACUUUUUUUCCAAUCUUCCUCUGUCCAAUGUCUGUGUUCUUUUGCCCAUAUUAAUCUUUUACGUUUAUUGGCCAGUCUCAGAUAUGGCUUUUUCUUUGCCACUCUGCCCUGAAGGCCAGCAUCCCAGAGGCGCCUCUUCACUGCAGAUGUUGACACUGGCGUUUUGCGGGUACUAUUUAAUGAAGCUGCCAGUUGAGGACCUGUGACUCGUCUAUUUCUCAAACUAGAGACUCUAAUGUACUUAUCUUCUUGCUCAGUUGUGCAGCGGGGCCUCCCACUUCUCUUUCUACCCUGGUUAGAGCCUGUUUGCGCUGUUCUCUGAAGGGAGUAGUACAGUACACACCAUUGUAGGAAAUCUUCAGUUUCUUGGCAAUUUCUCGCAUGGAAUAGCCUUCAUUUCUAAGAACAAGAAUAGACUGUUGAGUUUCACAUGACAGUUCUCUUUUUCUGGCCAUUUUGAGCGUUUUAUCGAUCCCACAAAUGUGAUGCUACAGAUACUCAACCUGUUCAAAGGAAAGUCAUAUAGUUUCUCUAACCAGCUAAACUGUUUUCAGCUGUGCUAAUAAUUGCACAAGGGUUUUCUAACCAUCCAUUAGCCUUCUGAUGAUUACAAUGAGCAAAUGAGCAAACACACUGUACCAUUAGAACACUGGAGUGAUAGUUGCUGGAAAUGGGCCUCUAUACACCUAUGUAGAUAUUGCACCAAACACCACACAUUUGCAGCUAGAAUAGUCAUUUACCACAUUAACAAUGUAUAGCGUGUAUUUCUGAUUAGUUUAAAGUUAUCUUCAUUUCAAAAAUAAGGACAUUUCGAAGUGACCCCAAACUUUUGAAUGGUAGUGUAAUUCAUUGUUCAGUCAUAGUAAAGAAUCAUCAUAAUGUUUCAAAUGCUAUUAGACGCUAAAUAAAUUCCUGUUCAACAAUAUAUUGUAUAAUGUUAAUGUAGAAUAUGAAAACUGUCUCAAUGCGAUAUCAUGCAAUGUUUCAGCUCCUUCACGUAUGAUCAAGUGAGAUUUAACGCGUAGUAUUGCAAAACUCAAUAAGGCAUUACAGAAUCCGUACCACUGAAUAUUUGCAUUACAUACAUUCAAGAUUACACCCCGACUAUAACUACAUAUUCAAUAAAUAUUUUAUAUACAUUUCAGCUUACGCUAACACCACAGAAAUGAGCCUUAUAAACAAAAACGGAUAAAUAAAUACAAUGAUAAGGUUAAGCUAUUCACAAUUCCAAGGUCGCCGGUGAAAUCUUUCACGCGCUUAUCUUCUUUCCUGUUUAUUAAACGAAAGCUAUUCUAAUUGGAUAACGGCAGUUAAAUUAGAAUUCUGAUUGGUCGAAGCGGCUCGGAUGCCGUCCUUCAUGAUUGGUUCCUUUAUUUGAGCGCCGUCUACUAUUGGCUUUUCACCUAGGGGGAUGUGUGGACUGUAAAAGCCCGUUGGCUGCCGGGAAGAUGGCGGACGCCAGGGCAGCGGCCGAAGCCUGCAAGUGAAGCACGGAGGACUCAUCCCGAUAUCUUUGCGGGUGUGGUGGGCACACGGCUGUCCGCUUCUGCUUGUCCGAGCCUACCGCAGUUUAGCUCGUAUCGCCGAGCGAGUCCAAAGGGGCCGCUGGUCUCGGUGAUGUGGUUGGCUGUUGCCGUCGGUGCAGGAACGGUGCUUUACUAUUAGCGCUGUCCGAGUUCAGCCACGAACGGCGGCGUACUCGACCCUAAUCCGCCCGAUCCAGCUGUCAUCCACGGAGGCGUUUUUCCCGUGACUCUCCCUUAGCAGUGUUUUAGGCAUUAAGCGAGCCAGCGCAGCCCUAUUAGUGGGUCGGCUAGCAGCGUGCCCCGACCCGUGUGACGCUGCAGCGUCUCCGCCCGUAAGCGCAUUACGGGCCCGCGUCUCCGCCGGACAUGGACUGAAUUAAGACCUCGGGACAGCAAACCCCGAACAUGUGUAACCUGCCACACUUCGACGUCAGCUGGCUCCACGUACCAUGUUGUGGUUGCCGCACCAGGUCGGCUCCCUAACCCGUGACACGGUCUUCCUUCUGCUUAAACUCUUCCGCCUGUCGAGCCCCCCGAGCCCAGGCACCUGCAUCAACAUGUACGCUACCCGUUUCUAUGGCGGUGGCGGAGGCGGGGCCAAACAGGGCCGACGGGCUGGUGUGGUGGGGGCAGGGCUGCCCAUCCCUGAAAACCACCACCAGCCUCUAGCCCCUCAUGCACAUCUGGCCACUCCGCAGAACUUCCCACCUGUCUAUCAGGGACGGUUGGAUGGGCACCGCACCCACUUCCAAGGUCAUCACCACUAUCACCCUCAUCCCCAGCCUCACCCACCCCAGCCCCACUACCACCCCAGCGCCCACCUGCACCACAACAGAAAGAAGACUUGGAACUUUAUCCACGAGAAAAUGAGCUAUGAUACCUUCUUCACCAUGAAAAGGUUGAUCGAUCGCUCACGCAGCGUGGAUGAGGUGCUGCGCUGGGUCACGCAGAACCCCAGCAAGAUCUCCUACAACCACUACCCCAUCGCUCUGCAGAAGAUCGGCCAGCUCCUGCAGCUACAGCAGGCCGUCGGUGUGACCGUGGCUGGGGUGGAGGGCGCCCUGACCCCCACGUCCGGAGGGACGGGCACUGGGGAGAGCCACUUCCGACAGGUUCUGGAGCAGCCGGAAUUCCAGACUCUUUGUGAUGCUAUUGUAAGGGACUGCACCAAAUUUGACAACUUCAGUAUUGUCAACUGCCUCUAUGCUGUGGCUGCGUUAGGCCUCCCCAGUGAAUCUCAGAUAGUCCAGGUGCUGGAGGAGGAGUCACGGAGCCGCCUAUCCCAGUUCAACCAGAAGGACAUCUCCAUGGUGUUCAGCAGCAGCAUGAAGCUGCAUCCAUCCAGCCAGCACCCACUCAUCGAGUCCUGCUUGUCAGGCCUGGAGAAGAACAUCGAGCGAGAGCGCCACCCACAGACCCUCUUCCUGUUGCUGUCCUACUAUCGACUCAAAUGGCGCGCCCUGCAGGCCGAUGGGCAUUCACCCGAACAGCUAUUAGCAAACCGCAAGAUACUGAGACUGGUGAAGCACACGCUCGCCAGUGUCAGUAGCGUGCGUGACCAUGAGAUGGCGCUGCUGGAUGAGAUGUUGUCUGCCUGCGCCCGUGAGGCCAGUAACAAGUCCCUGGAGCUCAUCUUUAGCUCCCACCUCUUCUACCAGAAUCGUCAGGAAAAGUUUGUCAGCAGUCUAGCAGAGGAACUGCCUAAGAAGGUGGAAAGCAUCACUCCUUUCACCAUGGCGCUCAUUGCCAAAUACAUCGCUCGCCACCGGCUGCGUGAGACCCGUCUGCUGGACACUAUUGCCGACUUCCUUGUCAAGAAGGGCGAGUACCUAGACAGCAAGGUGAUUCAGAAACUUGUGUUCCCCUUCAGCCGGAUGAGCUACCGACCAUCCAAUGAGGCACUGUUCUUCUCCAAGCUGGAAGAGGUGCUGGAGCUCAAAGCUCUGAGCUCCCCACUGGCCACCGUGAACAUCCUCAUGUCUCUCUUCCAACUGGGCCACUUCCCAGGCCUGGUGCUGCACCGCGUCUUCUCCUCCUCCUUCAUUAGUAAUGUCACUAACAGCCCGUAUGCCCUGAUCGUGAGGCGCUACCUGUCGCUGCUAGACGCUGCUGUGGAGCUGGAGUACCGCGAUUACGACGGGCCGCGCCUGCAGGACGCCCACAAGGUGCUCAUGUUCGAUCACGCGCUGACGGCCGACGAGGUCAAUCGCAAGUACAGCUACAAAGGGCUGGUGGCAGAGGCCUUACGGCAGCUGGUGGGAGAGCAUGGAUACAAGCAGGACGAGGUGCUGGCCCCCGGCUAUUAUACAGAUUUCCUGUUAUUGGUCAACAGCUCUGGAAGUGUUCUGCCAAUCAAGGCUGGGGCAGGUUCCCUGGGGGUGGGCGUCACCAUCCCCCCCAAGUCCCCAGAGGCACAGGGCUCCUCUGUGGCCAGCCUUGCCUCUGACUUCCAAAAGUUCUCCCCCUUUGUCCAGCUGGAGGACAGCGCUGAGAAGAGGACAGGGGAUGAGCUCGCGGCUUCUGAGCCGACAUUUCUUCCACAUCACAUGAGGUCUGCGGCCCCCACUGCCACUGCCGCUCAAAGAGGGGCCCCGAAUGGGGGUGGGCCACUCGACUACAGUCCUUACUACUCCUCGUCGGAUUACUAUGCCAGCCUGGCAAAGGAGCAGUCCUUGGAGAGUCAGGACAGCUCUACCCUCAGCAGUCCCUCUGAUUGCCUGACACAAGCGGUUCCCCAGGGUACGGCCGGGGGGGCGCCCUCCGACUCCCUCUUCCAGUUCUCUAUAGGCAAGAUCCUUGAGGACGAAGGAAGCGCCACAGAAGCAGCACGGACGGCCGACUGUGAGCUCCCCACCUUCUACGAGGGGGUGCCGUACCCCGAUGGGGGGCAAGGGGGCAUCAGUCCUGCCCCGCCAUUGCAGCCUCACACCACAGGCUGUCUGGAAACGGAGAGGGUGUCACGGGAACAAGAGCAGGUUAAGAGGGUGGUCAUGUCUGUGAACGACAAGUGGCACUACUGCCACAACUCAGACGUGCUGGUGGGCUCCCGUGCCAUGCGAGACCGGCACCUCCAGCUGCUGGGCUACGUUAUCCUGCAGUUGCCCUACCUGGAGCUGGAGAAACUGAAUGGCAUCGAGGAGGUUAAGCGGUACCUCAACAAAAAGUUACUGGAGCUGCACUCAUGACAGCAGCAGUGGUCUCAGUGGGUCGCGGUGCCGGUGGCUGUGGGCAGGAUAGGCAGGGCUGCCCCAAAGAUGAUAUUUUCUGUAAUUGUUCCUAAGUCCCUUUUUAUAUCCUGUACUUAAGAAGUUGUGACGCAUGUCAGGUACAGUUCAGGGUUGGAACAAAUAUUCUGCCAUUUGGCAGGGUGGGGGGAAGGUAGUAAUAGGGUCUGAUGGCGAGGGACUCUGGCUGCAGACUUCAUAUUAUUUUCAGUAACUGAACUCUAUGGUCAUUGGGGAAUUUUGGGUUAAGAAUUAAGCAAGGCUUGUUAAUAUUGUUUUAUGAUACUGGUGUACCAAUGUGGGAAUGUAGUUGUGAGGGUAAUUUGGUAUGCAGUACUCUGAAAGUUUAGCAAAAAAAAAACUAUACAAAUAUAUAUGUAUAUUAUAUUUUCUAUAUGCUAUAAGAAGAGGUUUCAGUGCAAAGCAAUGCAUGCAGUGAGACCCUUUUUGGCCUAGUGCUGAUCCGUGUGGACCCAGCUAUGGUCCGAUAACACCCGACGUUCACGUGCAUUACUUUAAUCCUGGGUGUUCUGACUAUUGGCAGUGAUUCUCGGAGAGCAGUGAAAUCAGACCCAUCUCAAGAUGUAGUUCUUCCUACAUCUGCUUUGGAUCAAACAUGCCAACUGUAACUCUAAUAAUAUUUCUUGUUAUAUUGUCCCAAAGAAUGCCUAUUCUGUUACUUUUGAGAUCUCCGCUGUAUACAUGCUGGGUGUAUACAUGCUGGGUGAGUCAUGGGCAUGGUGUCACUGAUGGGAAUCAUUAAAAUCAAGGUGUACAUUUCAGUCACCUGCAUUUUGCCUCUGCCUGGAUAUCAGGCUGAUCGUAAACCUGGAGGAGGACGUGGUGUUUCUGUCAUGUCAUGUGGUCGUCCUGUAAGAGGCCUCACUUACUGUAUGGUUUGCCUUUGCACUUUAACAGAACCAGCCUAUUUUGCGGAGCUCAGAGAGAGCAGUAAUUUAUUGUUGUUGUGGAACGUGUGGGAGGCAGAUGGUAUGUGUGUGUGUUUGGGGGGAAAAAGUGGGAAGGAAAGUGGGAGUGUUUGUUUAUACAUCCAAGUUAAAAUGUCUAUAUAAAAAAAAAUUAAAAAACCACGGGAAAAGUC